CGUGCUGUGACUAUAUUCUGACAAAAACAAACACAAUGUCCCUCAGAAUCGCCCUUCCCCGUCUCAGGCAUCUUCCGCAACGACUCAUCCACACCUCUCGUCCAGUCUUCAAAGACGAUGCCCCUACAGCCUCAUCCACUCCAGAAGGACUUGGCUUCACGCCCCACACCGACAGGGUGAGAGAGUUGCCCGAUCUAAAGAUCAAUGUCGGAAGCAGCGCCAGGAAGCACGUUAUCGACAACUUUGUGCCCAAAGCGAGGCGAACUGCAGCCAACCCCAACACAGACGCCGACUUUUUCUCAGACUCCCCUGCCCCUCAGCGUCAAUCGCGUUCGCCCCGACAAGCUGGCACUCCCCGACGACCUCGCGCGACCGAUGCAGUAGCUGCUGAGGCUGUUUCAGCUACCGGUACCGACAGGGCACUUCCUCCUGAUGUCACCCGUCGUGCGCAUGGAGACCGGGGAGACAAGCGUGGAGCUGGGGCUGGAUCGAGAGCUCCUGGGAGGGAGAGGAAACCUAAGAGGGACAAUGCGAAAGAUUCGGCACCCAGGAGGGCAGGUUUGCCCAGGAGCCAUCUGGUGUACGCCGAGGCAGACCAAUCGAAAGAAGGGUUGUUUGGCAAGAAAGGAUUACUGGGUGCCACCGCUCAUGGAUAUUUGCCUUAUAGCAAGGCCAAGCACCCCAUCCCUUACAACACAUCUCAGACCAUUACUCCCCUUCCCUCUACCCCCCUUCCCAUUCUCUCGCCCCAUCCCGCCAAGGCUGCGGCUCAGUCUGUCCACGUUGCAGACUGGAUAGCUGCCUUGAGUCCGACUAUCGGUCAAAGUGGAAAGGAGGAGCUAUCAGAAGUGACACGGAGGGUUUUGGGUGUGAAGAAGUAGAGCAUUGGCAUGUAUGGCAUCACGAGCUUUCGGCAUCUUUGUCCGCUAUGCUGAAAUUCUUGCGGCUGUGUCCCACAGUGUUCUCAAGCGCAUGACAAGCCAGGGCCUUUCAACGACAAAUGCAGCGUCCGCAUACGAACUCGCGGUAUUACACUUCUCUGUCAAAUACCAGUCAAAUACCAUAUAUGCAAAUCUGCCACGAGC